ACCGCGAGCCACCUAAUCUCUUUCCUCUCUUGCCAUAAACUGCGGGUGCUAGGGUUAGAGACGCACGGAAUUCGUUCCUGCGCACCGGAAGACCAAACCAAUUGGCACCGCCGCCUUCGUCUUGAGAGCUUCGUUCGGUAGCGAUGGAGUGCCUUGCCGAGAUGCCGCAUGCGCCGCUCGACCGCCGCCCGCGCAAGCGGCAGCGCCUUGGCUGGGAUGUCGGCCCCGAGAUCCCUCAGCUAAAAAAACUGUGUGGGGAAGAAGUCGCAAAUGUAAUUAGUGCUAUGACAAUGGGGCUAUCUUCUGGUGGUAUUGUUUCCUCUCAGGAGACCCAAGGGCUUUUUCGUUUUGUGACGCCUCCUCUGAGAGAAGAUGACAAGGAUGGACAUUAUGUUUUUGCUGUGGGAGACAACCUGACAUCACGCUAUAGGAUUAAUGCAAAAAUGGGUGAAGGUACCUUUGGUCAGGUGUUGGAAUGUUGGGACAGGGAACGGAAAGAAAUGGUUGCUAUUAAGAUCAUCAGAGGAAUUAAGAAGUACAGGGAUGCUGCAAUGAUAGAAAUUGGCAUGCUCGAGCAGCUUUGUAAAUAUGAAAAAAGCAGAUCCAGUUGUGUUCAAAUUCGGAACUGGUUUGACUAUCGUAACCAUAUCUGUAUUGUCUGUGAGAAGCUUGGGCCAAGCUUAUAUGAUUUUCUGCGGAAAAACAGUUACCGCUCAUUCCCAGUUGCCAUAGUUCGGGAGGUUGCCAAACAACUGUUGGAAUGUCUAGCAUUUAUGCAUGAUUUGCGCCUCAUUCACACUGAUUUAAAGCCCGAGAACAUUCUUCUUGUUUCUCCGGAGUACAUUAAAGUUCCUGAUUACAAAGUUUCAUCCCGUUCACCGAAGGAGGGAUCCUACUACAAGCGUGUGCCCAAGUCCAGUUCAAUAAAGGUUAUUGAUUUUGGCAGCACAACAUAUGACCAGCAGGACCAGACCUAUGUCGUUUCUACUAGGCAUUAUCGUGCUCCGGAAGUUAUCCUGGGACUUGGAUGGAGUUACCCAUGUGAUAUCUGGAGCGUUGGGUGUAUACUAGUUGAACUCUGCACGGGAGAGGCGCUGUUUCAAACCCAUGAAAAUUUGGAGCAUCUUGCUAUGAUGGAGAGGGUGCUUGGGCCGUUGCCAUAUCACAUGCUCAAGAAGGCCGAUCGACAUGGUGAGAAAUAUGUGAGGAAGGGCCGUUUAAACUGGCCUGAAGGAUGUGCUUCACGGGAAAGCAUGAAAGCUGUCAUGAAGCUGCCUCGGCUUCAGAAUCUGGUGAUGCAAAACGUAGAACAUUCUGCUGGGGACUUCAUCAAUCUUUUGCAAGGGCUGCUGAGUUAUGAUCCAGCAAGCCGCCUAACGGCCCAAGAGGCCCUUGAGCAUCCAUUCUUGACGGAGCUGAGUGAGCGAAGAAGAUGAUGUGCCCAAGAUCCUAGCAUCUGCCAUGUCGCUAACUUAUAACUUGUAUGUUUGAGCCGUGACUUCCAUUUGUCGUGUUCAUGGAAUGUCAGAGAUUCCAUUCUCUCUUCCAUGGAAUGGAAGAAAUAAUUAAAUUAGAUAGGAUUUAACAGUAGCUUUCUCAUUGCAUUACGUGCUUGUGUAACCUGCUCGUUAUCUGUACAUAGACUUCUGUGUAUGUAAUCAAGAUGAGAUUCUCUCGAUGAAUAUAUUUUGAGAGAGAAUUCCUUA